AUGGCGAUAAUAAUUGUAUUAUUGUUCACUUGUAUAGUAUCUUCUAAAAUAACAACUGAAUGGUGUAAGUAUUCUGACAAAAUUGAAUGUGUUCAAUUUGGCAAUCAAUGUGAACAAAAUUUCCAAUGGAGUUUAUCCACAGAACGAAUUCAGUUGCCUUCUAUUGACAAUGGUUUCAUUAUUAAAUGUGGACUGAACACACACUUAGAUGUCACUAUUAAUUCAAAACACACUUUAAAGUUAAUAUUUAAUACCAAUAACUAUACAUACAAGUAUUCCAAUGUGUUUGACAAGUUUAUUUUAAUUGAACAAACUUUACAGAAUAAAAGUAAUUUUGUAAAAACAAAAACAGUUCUCAAAACUUCUUGUACAAAUUGUAAACAAUGUGUAGAUACAAAUUGUGUAGAAUGUAAUGAUGCGUUUUAUUUAUCAAACGGUUCGUGUUACUCAUGUAAUUCAUAUUGUAGUACUUGUUAUGAUAAAACUAAUUAUGGGUGUUUAACAUGUAAAGAUGGCAAGUACUUAACUCAAAAAACAAAGUGCCUUACUUGUUCUUAUUCGUGUAUUACUUGUUUCAAUGGAACAAUUGAUGAUUGUUUAACAUGCCGAAAUGGGUAUUACAUGUCUGGUUCAAGUACUUGUUUGAGUUGUCAUUAUUGGUGUGAAACGUGUUAUGGUGGUUCAAAUACGGAGUGUAAUACUUGUAAAACUGGGUACUAUUCACAAGGAACUAACACUUGUCUAAAAUGUCCAUCUGAAUGUAAAACGUGUACAAAUACUACAUGUCUAACAUGCCAAAGUUCUCAUUAUUUUUCAGGUAACUCAUGUUACAAAUGUGAUUCAUUGUGUUUAUCUUGUAAUGGUCCUUUUGCUAAUAAUUGCAAAACGUGCAGAUUUUCUUAUGUAUUAAUAGAUAAUCAAUGUAUUAAAUGUGAUUCGUCAUGCAGCUCUUGUAAUGGAAUAGGGCCAAGCAAUUGUGUAUCGUGUCCAUAUUCUUAUUUUAACAGCAAUGGAUACUGUGUAAAAUGUGAUUCUUCAUGUGAAUCUUGUAAUGGACCAAAUUCAAACAAUUGUUUGUCUUGCCCAUAUUCAUAUGGCAUUUCGGAUGGGUAUUGUGUAAAAUGUGAUUCAUCGUGUAAUAAAUGUAAUGGAACUAAUCCAAACAACUGUCUUUCUUGUUAUAAAAAUUAUCAAUUGAUUAAUGGCAAUUGUUUCAAGUGUGACCCAUCUUGUAAAACAUGUAAUGGACCUUAUUCUACUAAUUGUUUAACAUGUAAUAAUUAUUAUUAUUAUUACUCAUAUGGGUAUUGUGUGAAGUGUGAUUAUUCAUGUAACACGUGUAGUUUUGGUGGACCUGGAAAUUGCCGAACAUGCAAAUCUUAUUAUUAUUACUCAAAUGGGUAUUGUCUCAAAUGCAGUCCAAAUUGUAAUACCUGUAAUGGAACAGCCGAAAACAAUUGCCUGACAUGUAAAACUGGUUAUUACUUAUCAAAUGGAUAUUGUGUUCCUUGCAAUUCAAAUUGUAUUAGUUGCAGUGGUAAUUUUGCAAACAAUUGUGAUUCUUGUAAAAGUGGCUUUGUUUUAAUAAAUGGGGUCUGUUCACCAUGUUCUUCGAAUUGUAUUACUUGUACAACUACAAAAUGUCUGACGUGCGAUUCGAACUAUUAUCUAUCAAAUAAUGUUUGUAACAAAUGUCAUUCUGAAUGUGAGAGUUGUAAUGAUCCUGAAAGAACAAAUUGUAAAAAUUGUAUAAAAGGAAAAUAUUUGGCUGAUAAUAACACCUGUCAACAAUGCAUACCAAAUUGUGAUUAUGGUUAUAACUUUGAUUGUUAUCAAUGUAAAGAUGGGUAUUAUUAUGAAGGUAAUGGCAAAUGUGCAAAGUUAAAAAACGAAUUCUGUGUUUUUGGAAACAAUAUUGAGUGUUAUGGUUGUUUGAUUGGAUAUUAUUUGGAUAAGAAUGAUUGUUUGGAGUGUCCCAGUAUUUGCAGAUCUUGCAAUGGACCGACAACAUCUGAAUGUAACUCGUGUAAUGAUGGGUAUUAUAUUGCAUCUAACACAUGCCUUAAAUGUUCUUCUAAAUGUCAGACAUGCAAAGACAAUUCAACCACUUGUAUGUCUUGUGAGGCAGGAUCGAACCCGGGCAUUGCAUAUCAAAUACGACAAAGUGUGAUUCGUGUAAUGACGGAUUAUAAUCUGACAAUGGGUUAUGUAAAACUUGCGACUCCAACUGUCUCACAUGCUCAAAUUCUUCUUCAAAUUGUUUGUCUUGCAAGCCCGGGACAUACCUUUCAAAUUCGAUGUGUCUCACCUGUAAUGCAAAUUGUGAGACCUCUGGGUGUCAUACGACUUUGGGGUGCACAAAUUGUAAACCGGGAUAUUUCCCAAAGAAUCUUGGGUGCAGCCAAUGCAGUGAAAUCGCAAAUUGUGUUACUUGCAGCCAAACUGAACAAAAGUGCACAACUUGUGCGUCUGGUAUUUCAUAUGUCAACUCAAGUGGAUUGUGCUCACUUUGCGACGCGUCGUGCAAAACUUGUAACACUGAUGGAACGUGUAACGGGUAUCAUGUCAGGCGUAAGAUGCACAACUUGUAAAGACAAUUAUUACUUGAACUCGAAUGGCACUUGUACUCAGUGUGAUCCUUCUUGUGCAAAUAACAGGUGUGACAAAAAGACAGGAAUAUGCAAUACAUGUGCAGUGGGGUUUACUAAACAGAGUGUCGAUAGUGUUAAAUGUCAGUUGUGUACCUCAUAUGAUCCCGAUUGUUCGACGUGUUCACAAACCACCAGAAAAUGCACAAAAUGUGUAACUGGCAAAUAUCCAAAUCCAUCAUCGCCGUUUUCUUGUAUGUAUUGUCACCUCAGUUGUUCGAAUGGGUGUUCGACAACAACAGGCGAUUGCAUGACUUGUACAAAUGAUCAGUAUACAAUCAACCCAUCAAACCCAAAACAGUGUCAGAGUUGUUUGGGAUUUGAUUCAAACUGUCUCAGCUGUUCAACAACAGAAAGAAAAUGUCUAUCUUGUCGAAGUGAUGUUUCGUAUUUGGUCAAAGGGUAUUGUGUCUCAUGUGAUUCAACUUGUUCAAAAUGUGACUCAAAUGGUUUAUGUAUUAAUUGUGUUGAUAACUACGUCUUUAAUGAACCAAAGCAACAAAAGUGUAUAACUUGUACAUCAUUUGAUGCAAAAUGUGAGACUUGCAGUUCUAAUAGUUCAAGAAAUUGCACCAAAUGCAAAUCCAAUAUGUACCCUGAUACUACCACUGGAAAGUGUAAAUUAUGUGAUUCUUCAUGUGGCGGCAGUUGCGACACAACAAAUGGAAUGUGCACAAACUGUGUUUCUGGUAAAGUGUUUGAUGAUCCAAAGGGCAAGACCUGUGUCGAGUGUACGACUUUUGAUUCAAAUUGUGUCGAAUGUGCUUCAAAUGGAGAGAGAGUGUGUUCAAAAUGUCGUGAAAAAAGUGGGUUUUAUUUACAGAAUGGAAAGUGUGUUGCAUGUGAUUCAACGUGUAAACCAAAUACAUGUGACUCGACAACGGGAUUUUGUUCACAAUGUUUGGUAAAUUACACAGUGACAUCUCCAAUUUCAAAAGUCUGCAAACCAUGUUCUGAAUUUGACUCAUACUGCAUUAAAUGUCUAGCAGAUUUUGACAAAGCAUGUGACUUGUGUUCAUAUGGCAGAUUUCCGAGCAGAUCAUACUUCUAUAGCUGUGCUAAAUGCAAUCCGACAUGUGAUGGAAAUUGCAAUGGUACAAAUGGUCUUUGUUUGAGUUGUUUACCAAAUUAUGUAUUUGCUUAUAUUUGUGAUUCGUGUGCAUUAUUUGAUAUAAACUGUUUGACAUGUGAUUCGACAUAUCAGAGAAAAUGCGUAACAUGUCGAACAAGUGGGAUGUAUCCAAGUGACUCGACAUACAAAUGUGUCUCAUGUGCCACUACAUGCAAUGGAAACUGUGAUCAGACAACGGGCAAGUGCACGGGUUGUAUCAACAAUUACGUGUUUGAAGCAACUAAGAGUCGUGUGUGUGUUGCUUGCAAAUCGUUUGAUCAAAAUUGCAAAACGUGUUCUUCCGAUUACAACAGAAAAUGUGUUGAGUGUGAAAGUGGAUACUAUCCAAAUCAAAGUGGCGUCUGUGUGUCGUGUAACACAACUAUCACAAACUGCAAAUCAUGUAAUUCAAGAGAAAACAAGUGCUUGUCGUGUCAAGACCCGUAUUAUUUUUCAAAUCAAACAUGUUUGAGUUGUGCUUCUGGAAGUUAUAAAAACACUGAAACAUCAUGUGAAAAGUGUUUCAUGGGCAUCCCAAAUUGUCAAACUUGUUCAACUAAAACGGUUGGAAUUCCUGUUUGCACCGCUUGUUAUUCGCCAUAUGCAUUUGAUUCCCAAACCAAUUUUUGUGAACUGUGUGGUACAAACAAAAGUUACAGCACAACAACAAAGAAAUGCGAAACUAAUGAAAAUGGGUGCGCAACUGCCUUCAAUAAACAACAAUGUUUGAGAUGUUCAGACGGGUAUUAUCUGUCAAGUAACAAAUGUGUACCAGCAACCAAUUGUGUAAACAAAUCAACUCUUUCGAAAGUGUCGUGUGACUGUUCAUAUCAAAUAUCAGUUGGCUCAGACUGCCAAAGCACAGUUUCAAAAUGCAAAUAUCAGAAAAACAACAAAAAUCAAAAGGAAUGCAUUCAAUGCGAAGAUAAUAACAUUGUUAAUGAAAAGACUUGUCAAAACAUUAUAAAUGGAUUAACUCGAAAUAAUGUCGUUUAUCAAUGUGAAAAUGGCAAUUAUUUGAAUGAAAACAAUCAAUGUGUAAAAUGUACAGAUUACUCUUCAGUUUGUAUUAACUACAAAGCUAAAAGAACAAUUUUGUCGUGUGCAAAAGAUAAAGUUUAUCACGUUGAAACAAUGAGCUGUAAUAGCGAUAGCAACUGUUUAAAAUACGGCAAAGAUUAUUGCUUACAAUGUGUUGAUGUUAACAUGGAACUAAAAUAUGGACAAUGCUCGGCGUGUUCAAUACCAAAUUGCAAAUAUUGUGAAGGUGGAAAGUGCAAAAAGUGCAAUGACAAUUAUGUUGUACAAACAAAUGGAUUAUGUGUUGAACAAAGUGAAGUUGGGUGUGUCAAAGCCGAUGGUCUCUUUUGUUCACAAUGCAAAGAAGGGUUUAAUCCGAUUGAAACUCUCAACAAUGAAGGAAAAUACGAUUUUUGUAUUCCAAUUUCUCAAUCUCAAAUAGCUGACUGUAAAUACUCACUGAUUUCAAAAUCAAUGUGUGUUGAAUGUUUGGACACAUUCAAACUAAAAUAUGGAAAUUGUUCAGAAAAUUUUGAUGAUAAAGAUUACGAUGAAAACAAUGUUACUAACACAAAACAAAUGAUGAAAAGUGUCGAAACCUCGUGUUUCACUCGUACCAACAAAGGGUGUGAGAGAUGCAAUUCUGGUUACUAUAACAUUAACAGUGAAUGUGAGUUGUGUUCUAGUCAUUGUGAUCAUUGUUACAACACAACAUAUUGCUUGACAUGUGAUCCUCAGUAUUAUUUAUCUUCCACCUUUACAUGUGAACCACUUGGUGAUUUGUUUACAAAAUGUGAAUUGACAUUGCCAACAGGCGGUGGAUGUGCAAUAUGCAAAGACCACUAUUACAAACAGAAAACAGACUGCAUUGCUUGUGAUGAGUCGUGUGGUACUUGUGUUGAUGGCUUGUCGUGUUUGAGUUGCCGAAACGAAUAUUUCAAACUAUCUGGCAGUGAAAAUAAACUGUGUGUGUCAUAUGACAACUUGACUAAUUGUGUUACUAAAACGCCAAUUAAGUGUGUAAAAUGUGAAAAUGGGUAUUACUUGGAUAAUUACAUUUGCAAAAACUGUUCUGAAAACUGCAUUUCAUGUGACAACUAUCAAAAAUGUAAAAACUGUGUUGAAAAAAAUUAUGUGUUGGUUGACUCGCAGUGUGUGAGUUACAAAAGUGUUGAGUUUUGUCUCUCUGCGAACAAUUCAAAGUGCACAGAAUGUGAAGGAUUUCACAAACCAAGUGAUGCCGGUGAUUAUUGCGUCAAAGAGACUAAUUAUGGGUUGGUGGUUGGCGUGCCGUUGUCAGUGACUGUUGUGAUUUUGGUGAUAAUUUUUGCAAUAAUACUAAUUGUGAUUUCAAUGAUACAAAAGAGAAAACAAAAGAAGAAAGAGCAGAACAUUUGCAACUUCAAAAUGAGUCGGUCAAACAUUGAGAUGGUCAAAUUGAGUGCAAAUUUGGUGACAAACAAGACAACACUGAAAUUUGAUUUGGAUAACAAUGACCCACUUAAGAUCGAUAUUGAGACAAGAGAUUUGAUAUGUAUCGGAAAUGUGUCCAACAGCAACUUGAAAGUGCAGUUCAGUGUGAUGGAACGGUGUGACUAUUACGAGAUACGAAGUGUGCCACCACUUGUGACAUUAAAACCUGGAUAUGCCUGCGAGUUUGAGAUAUUUAUCAAGCCGCUGUGUACUUGUGUCACCAAAGAACAUGUAGCAAUAACUUCGUUAAAUAUAGCAACUGGUGUCAUUGAAAAUGCAAAAAUUGAAAUGGAAAUCGAGACUGAACAAACAACCAAAUUAAAUUACAGAGAGAUCAUCGAAGACGAUAAGCUUGGUGAAGGCAGUUUUGGGAUCGUCUACAAAGGGCAAUACAGAGGUGUUUGUGUUGCAAUCAAAAAGAUGAAACAACUUGAUAAUUAUGAAAGUGGACUUGCAGAGUUUGAAAAGGAAGUUGCAAUGCUAGACAAGUUCCGAUGUGAUUACAUCAUACACUUUUAUGGCGCUGUAUUCAUACCAAGUAAGGUGUGUAUGGUCACCGAAUUUGCAUCAUUUGGGUCACUCCAAGACUUGAUCAAACACAAAAAGAGGGAUGAAAUUGAUAUGAAGUUGCGAAUUAAAUUCUUAUUAGAUGCGGCAAAAGGUAUUCAAUAUUUACACGAGAAUGGGAUAUUACACAGAGACAUCAAGCCAGACAACAUUCUUGU